GUUUUAAUCCACAGAUCAUUUCUCUAACUAUCUCUCUCUCUCUCUCUAGUUUUGUUGUGAUACCGUAUACGUACGAAGACGACCGUUCGUGUGCAAAAAGAUGAGGUGUAGAGCGCUUCACGUUGGAAGAAGAAAGAGAGUGAUGGUUAAUGUGAGCGCGAGGAAGCAUAUGAGCCGUCUCCGUCGGAUGGUUGCUCCAGAAACGAGUUUUUCUGAUGAAUUUGACGGUGACACACUUUAUCGUCUCACGGCUGAUCACAUUUUGCUCCUCCAAGCAAGAGUCCAACUUCUUCGUCGUAUUUCUUCUCUAUAUGGUCUAUAGAUCGAAGAUCCAUGGCCACAUAUAUAUGCGUGUGUCUAAAAUAGUAUAAUUAUGGAAUAAACGUCUAUUUUCUCUAUUUAUUUCUUCAAUUAAACAUCGUAGUAAGUCGUAUAUUAUGAUGCCGAAGCUAUAAUUUAAUGUAAUGAUGAUGUUGAUUUAUGUUUGUGUUUAUUUGAUUGUGAGCAAUCUUUUUA